AAAUAUAGCAUUGCUUAAUUCCUCUAAUUUCUUAAAGUACAAAAUCAGAAAUGUCACCUCUUAAGCAAUUAUGAAACUUACAAGCAAUAACAAAUGAAACUUCCGCUAUAAAUUCUUGUUCAAUCAAAUCACAAAAAACCACUUCAAAAUUGAUAAAUCUACAAAAACAAACACUUCUUGCUUUCAUUUAUUUCUGAAAAAAUGGAGAAAGUUGGUAAAAAAUUGGCUGUUCUAGUUGGUUGCAACUACGAAAACACACGUUACAGGUUACAUGGAUGUCACAAUGAUGUUUUAGCCAUGAGGGAUGUGCUAGUGAAUCGAUUCGGGUUCGAUUCACAGCACAUUGAGUUGCUCAUGGAUAAAUCAGGCUGCCCUGUGAUGCCCACAGGAGCUAAUAUCAAGAAAGCACUUAAUAAAAUGGUUGAUGAAGCUGAACAAGGGGAUGUUUUGUACUUUCAUUUUAGUGGACAUGGAACAUUGACUGGAAAAAAGAAUCAAGAAGAAGCUAUAGUUGCUCUUGAUUUCAAUUAUAUUACUAAUGUGGAUAUUCGAAAAAUAGUGAAUCGAGUACCAGAAGGAGCAACUUUCACAAUCCUUUCAGAUUCUUGCCAUAGCGGAGGCCUAAUUGACAAAGAGAGAGAGCAAAUUGGACCAUCUCGUCACAACAACAACUACAUCUCAGUCCCAAAUAAGUCAGAGUCGGCAUCAAAAUCUCAUUAUUACAAGAGUAAAUUCAUCCCUCAUGAAACAAUCUUGGAACAUCUAGCAUCCUUAACAAACAUAAACACCUCAGAUAUUGGAACACACAUGUUACAACUCUUUGGAAAUGAAGCUAGUCUUCUAUUUUCUUUGCCUAAUCAAGUGGAGUUAGAUUUAUUAAAGCCACUUAAGCAAGAUGAGGGUAUUUUGCUAAGUGGAUGUCAAGCUAAUGAAGAAUGUCAAGAUGUUGGAGGAGUUGAAAAUGAAAAUCAAGCUUAUGGGGCAUUUAGUCAUGCAAUUUUAAUUGUGUUGGAGAAAAAUUGUGGCCCUCUUAUCAAUAAAGAGUUGGUAUUGAAGUCUAGGGAUGUAUUGAAAAAUGUUGAACAUGUUGAGACUCAACAUCCUUGUCUCUACUGUAGUGAUGAGAAUGCUCAAGCACUUUUCUUGAGUCAAGGUUGAUGUCAAAUGCCAUUAAAAUGUAAUUGAUAUGUCAAUGAUGAUAAUAAAAUAAAAAGAAUUUGAGUUUUAUGUA